AUGACUACUACGAAAGCUCUCGUUAAUAUUCGUCCAGGCCACGCCGAGGUUCAGGACAUUCCUGUGCCAGCUCUUGAGCCCGGCUACAUUAGAGUCAAACCCACCGCAUGGGCUAUCAACCCAGAUGAUGCUUACCACCUUGGCCUAGAAGGUGAUGAGACUUGCGCUGGUGCUGUCGUUGGGACAGACUAUGCCGGUGUUGUCGUAGAGGUUGGGUCCGGAGUUGAGAGGGACUUCAAAGUUGGGGAUCGCAUCGCUGGUGGUGUCAAUAUAUUGCGGAAGCAUGAUGGCGCUUUUGCGCACUUGAUUCAUGUUAAGGCAGAUAUUCAGAUGAAGAUUCCUGAUAACAUGAGCGACGAAGACGCUGCGACUCAGGGCGUUGCGCUCAUCACGAUGGGCGUUGGUAUAUACCAGCAUCUUUAUCUUCCCCUUCCAGAUGAACCAGCAAAGGAGCCCUUUCGUGUUUUUAUCUACGGUGGCAGUACAGCCAUGGGGAUCUCGGCAAUCCAAUUUGCAAAGCUCGCUGGCGCCACAGUUAUUACUACUUCGUCACCCGGUAAUGCAGAUUAUGUCAAGUCUUUGGGCGCCGAUCAUGUCCUCGACUACAAGUCCAAAACUCUUGUCGACGACAUCCUCAAAAUAACAGGCGGUCCCCUUCUCCACGUCUUCGACACACAUCCCAAUCCCGCCAGCCUCACAACCUCCGCAUUAAUCCUCCAAGAGACCCCAUCCGCGAUCUACAUCUCCCUCAACCCCGGACCCGAACACGAAGUCAAACGCCUCAACCCUCACGUCACCGCUGAGUCUAUCCUCGCAUACUCGGCCACAGGUAAUCUGUGGAUGUAUGAGAAUGAGUUUUACGAGGCUGUACCAGCAGACUUUGCAUUCCAGAGAAGAUUUGUCAAAGUGGCUGAGAAGCUGCUCGAAGAGGGACUAGUCAAGCCGCCGCGUGUUUUCCUGAAUAGAGGGGGGAGUGGUUUAGAGGGCGCUUUGAAGGGACUGGCUGAUAUGAGAGAGGGGAAGUACAUCGGCUAA